AUGGUGAGAACUCGGCCGGGGUUGCUCGCUGCAAGUCUUGAGAAAACAUUGAAACCCAAAAUUAAGAUUUUCCAAGAUUUGGGCUUUUCUGAUAAUGACAUUGCUGAGAUAAUCUCAAAUGGUCCAUGGUGUUUGAAACGUAGUGCAGAUAAUAGGUUCAUGCCCACAUUAUCCGUGUUGAAGAGCUUGUUGGGAUCCAGUGCAGAGGUAGCUAAGGUUUUAAAGAUUUCUGGGUGGUACUUGACAAUAGAUUUGAAGAAGACUUUGGUAGCCAAUAUUGAAUUCUUAGAAAGUUGUGGUGUAGACACGGAGCAAAUAAUAAAGCAAAUAUAUAAUUUUCCAAGGUUUCUCUUGCAUAGUCCUACAGAUAUGAAAAAAUUUGUUAAAAAGGUUGAUGAGAUGGGGACUUGUAGAAGUUCCAGAUUGUUUAUUCAUGCUGUUAGGGUUGUUAGUUCGAUGACUGAUGAGAAUUGGGAACUAAAGCUAAAGCAUUUUAGCGAAUUGGGGUUUUCAAAAGAUGACAUUUUCAAAAUGUUUAAAAAGUCCCCACCUGUGUUUGCUGUAUCGCCGAGGAAGCUGAAGGAGGUAAAAGAGAUUUUGCUUGCGACAGGGAAGUACGACCUUUCGUGUAUUGUUAACGAUCCAACAUCUCUUAUUUGCAGUGUUGAAAAUAAGAUUAAACCCCGAAUGCUAGUUUUAGGAAUUUUGGAUAAUAAGAAUUUGAUUAAGAAGUGGCCGAGUCUAACAACAAUUUCUAGGUUGCCAGAGAGCAAGUUUUGGGAGAAAUUUGUUCAGCCUUAUUUAAAUGAAGUAGGAGAAUUAUAUAUGGUAAAUAGUGCACUCAAAGGCAGAAGAGAUGCUACAAUUUUAUCAUCCGCUUAA